CGCCACCUCCUCUUUCUCCUACUACACCACCACCUACUACUCCAAUGUGGAAUAAACGAUGAGUUAUGUGGACAAAGCAAAACAAAAACGUAAACUAAGUGAUGCGAAAUCGGAAUAAGUGUGUGACGGCAGACUGUGAUGACAGCGAGCCGGAUCUGAAGUUUUGUCCCCAGACCGGAGCAGGAGAGCCGGACAGCUCCGCCUCGUUCGGUUCGGAGUCGGAAGAGAAAAUGGGCCGACUGUUUGGAAGGAUGAGCCUGGUCAGCCGGAUGAAGAAGGUUUUGCUGUGGCUCUUUUUCGUCUACAUCACCAUCCCUUUGCUGAUCAAACUGUGUCCCUCCAUUCAGGCCAAGCUAGUUUUCUUAAACUUCGUGAGGAUGCCCUACUUCAUAGACCUCAAGAGACCUCAGGACCAGGGCCUCAAUCACACCCUCAACUUCUACCUGGAGCCUGAGAGCGGCUUUAAAAUAGGAGUGUGGCAUACAGUCCCAGCUCAGAUGUGGCAGGAGGCUCAGGGGAAAGACAGAACAUGGUACGAGAUGACACUCCGUUCCACACAUCCUGUUAUACUCUAUCUCCAUGGCAAUGCAGGGACCAGAGGAGGAGACCACAGAGUUCAGCUCUACAAGGUCCUCAGUUCUUUAGGCUACCAUGUAGUCACGUUUGAUUAUAGAGGUUGGGGGGACUCUGAUGGCAGUCCGUCAGAGAGGGUGAUGACUUCAGAUGCUCUCUUCUUGUAUUCCUGGAUGAAGGAUCAAGUGCGAGACAAACCUCUCUAUGUCUGGGGUCACUCUCUGGGAACAGGUGUGGCCACAAACCUGGUCAGAGUUCUAUGUGACAGAGGUUCACCUCCUGAUGCCUUGAUCUUAGAGUCGCCUUUCACCAACAUCAGGGAUGAGGCCAGGAGCCAUCCAUUCUCUAUGAUUUACAGAUACCUGCCGGGGUUUGAUUGGUUCUUUCUGGACGCCAUCACAGUCAAUGACAUUCACUUCCCCAGUGAUGAGAAUGUAAACCAUAUCUCCUGUCCCAUGUUGAUCCUCCAUGCUGAAGAUGAUGGUGUUGUUCCUUUUCCUCUAGGGAAGAAGCUUUACAACAUGGCCGCCCAGUCCAAGAGUCUGAGUGGCCAUAAGGUCCAGUUCAUCCCGUUUCCUUCAUCUCUGGCCUACAAACACAAAUAUAUCUACAGGAGCCCAGAACUGCCACACAUUCUCAGCGACUUCUUCGGCACAAGUCACCCUGCUGACAGACCUGCUGCUAGGAUCUGAACUGUUAUCACAAACACGUGCACACACAUGCACACGUGCACACGUGCACACACACACACACACACACACACACACACACACACACACACACACACUGUAUUCCCACAUGGUACACAUAGAGGACCUUGGGCUCUGAACUGACGUGUGAUUGGAGCAGAACAUGGCGUUCUGUUAUUACCUGCAGGAGAAGCUCGCACACGCCAGGUCACAUGACACGAUGUCAUCAUGACAACAGGUCAGUCUGAGUGUGUGUUAUUCUCCAGAUGUAACACGGAGACGGCAGCAUGGACUGCAAUGCACCCUGGGAGAUUCACAGCCAAAUUGCAGGAAGAGUGAAAACCUGUUUUAAAUGUUUAUCAUGGAAGCCUGACACACCUGAUCUUUUUUUCUCCUUCACUUUGUUCUCUUAUUUAAUUGGUUCUGAUUUGACUGAUUUUAAAUGUCUUCCCUGUUUGAAGACUCUAUUAUGACUUGAAUCAAAUCUGGCAUGUUUUGUGGAACUUUGAAAUUGAUUUGGAGGUUUCUGGUCUCAUCUCUACUCCGUUCGGGGAAACAGAGCCAGUCCACGUCCGGCCCAGAGAUGGAAAACUUCAGAAAGUCCAGUUUAAAGAGACCAGUACCACAAAAUAAAGGUUUUACCAAGAAUCUGACUGGUCUCAUAAUUGUACUCAUAAUUAUGAAAUGCUCCAUUAUACAGGGGCAUUAUUAAAGUCUAUUAACCUGUUUGAAGGAUUAUUAAUAAACCAUAAUACUCAUCAAAUCUGAGAAAAACCCAAACUAACAGAGUACGCAUUUAACCUAAAGUACAAACAUUAUACUGCUUUAUUACACAUUUCUAACAUGUCUUAAUGAAACAUCUGUAUUCUGUGUACACACAAACAGAAGUGAACGUUGUUGAGCGUUAAUCUACCUGCAGGUUAAAUGAAGACAACAAACCAGUUCAAAUAUCAUGUCUCUCAUUUCUGUUUUUUUUUCCAGUCUACAGGAUCUGAUGAUGAGCAAUAAAAUCAUGUGGCUGUGUCGUGA